CACCCACCAACGACCACCACCUCCUCCCUUCCCCCCAACCAGGCAUCUCGCCUUCAAUCCUCUCUCAACAUCUCAUCUGGGUUUCCUUUCUUGAGGUGGUUUUGGGGUGGCUGGGGUGGCUGGUGCCCUUCAAUUCAUUGAUUCAUUUCAUAUAAACGAAAUCAAAACGCAUUAUUAGAUCCAGAGGAUGCACAUUUUAAGAAAAGACCCGGGACUACCAAUUGAUUCAUUCUAUGAGGUUCGAGCUGGAUGCACCGAUGUUCCUGAAACCAAGUUUAAGAUCAAGGCCGGAAAAACCCUCAGUGUAAAAAGGUGGCGGGCUUCAUUUUCACCAGAAGGGUCUCUUGAUAUAGGCAAGUGCCUUAGUCGAAUCUAUCGAGGAGGGAUUCAUCCAUCAAUUAGAGGAGAAGUGUGGGAAUUUCUGCUUGGCUGCUAUGAUCCUAAAAGCAAAUUUGAUGAACGAGAACAGAUACGAAAAAGACGAAGGGAGCAAUAUGCUGAGUUGAAAGAUUCAUGCAAACGUAUGUUUCCUGUUGUUGGAAGUGGCAAGUUCAUCACUGCGCGUGUGAUCACAGCAAACGGUGAUCCUAUUAAAGAUCCUGUUGUAGGAACAAAUCCUCAAAAGAUUUCAACACCACAAUCUCAAGAAAAUGUUGGUUCAAGUCCAGCCACUGUUGGUCCUCGCGAACAAGAUAAGGAAAUAAUCCAAUGGAAGCUUGCUCUACACCAAAUAGGUCUUGAUGUGGUUCGCACGGAUAGGACACUGAUGUUUUAUGAAAAGCAAGAGAAUCUGGCAAAACUAUGGGAUGUUCUUGCGGUGUAUGCUUGGUUUGAUAAAGAUGUUGGUUAUGGUCAAGGGAUGAGUGAUCUUUGCUCCCCCAUGAUUAUGCUUCUUGAAGAUGAAGCAGACGCAUUUUGGUGCUUUGAACGUCUGAUGCGAAGAUUGCGAGGCAAUUUCAGAUGCACGGGGAACACUGUGGGGGUUGAGGCACAACUUAGUAACUUGGCUAAGGUCACCCAAGUUGUGGAUCCUAAACUUCAUCAGCACUUGGGUAUGUUGAGAUUACUAAUAACCGAAGUUGUGUUGAUAGCAUCCUAUGUCUCAUGGUUGAUGAUUUAUUUUCUUUUUUCCUGCACAAAUGCAGAACACCUAGGUGGAGGCGGUUACCUAUUUGCGUUCCGGAUGCUUAUGGUGUUGUUUCGACGAGAAUUUUCUUUUGGAGAUUCGUUGCACUUGUGGGAGAUGAUGUGGGCAUUGGAGUAUGAUCCACAGUUGUUCUCCCUGUAUGAGGAUGAGGGAGGUGAAAGACACAAUGUUGAGAAAGUGAAACGGAAAUCAAAACGACAAUAUGGCAAGUAUGAGAGAGCAAACAGGAGAAACAGGGGAUCGGGUGCAGCCCAGCAGCUGCCGAUAUCUGUUUUCCUUGUAGCGAGUGUACUGGAGGACAGGAGCGACAAGUUAAUGAGAGAAGCAAGGGGACUAGACGACGUUGUAAAGAUAUUAAAUGACAGUUCUGGGAAUAUGGAUGCAAAAAAAGCUUGCACAGGAGCCAUGAAGCUUCAGAAGAAGUAUCUGAAAAGGCAAAACCCAGGCCAUACCAUUCUGGGACUCAACCUGCCUCAGCUAAUUUGAGUUUACAAAUUAAGGAAGGUUUUGUGUCAUCUUCUUUUACAUACAUAUGAACAUCAUCAACUAAGUGUACAUGUACCUACCUAUCAAUUUCAUC